AUGUCGGACUUGCCAACUCCACCCGGACAGGGUGAACCGAGGGUGGAUGGCGGUUGUUCUUUGUCACUUAACAAUGCGGAUUUCUCCGGUGACAAGACACUCUCUCCAGGCCGUGAUGUCACCGGCGGGCCUUCUUCCCGUGAGCGUCGUCUCUCCAGCUCCCUCUCCACCUCGAGCACCCCAUCCGUCGCUGUCGCGUUUCCUCUACCAUCUUCCUUCUGCGCGGGCGAAGGCGAAGACGGAAUCCAGAUAAAACUCGACGGGAGCGUGGGCAUGCAUGCGCAGCCUCGAUUUUCUUCAGAUGCACCCUGGUCAGAAGACCCCGGACACUCCGUCGUCUCCGGGUGUCGCUGCGAGUCUUUCCACGCAAGAAGCACAGAUCAGGAAUGUGCAGCGGGCGUCGCUGCUCGGACUGACCGUCUCGCUGUCAACAGGUUUGCAGCAGCUGACCUUCUCGCGGAGGAGACGUUCGUCUCUGUGAAACUUCCUUCUCCGCCGACUUCUUCUACCUGUCUCCAGCAGUUCAGCAGGGGGGUGAGUUACAGCUGUCGUGACGAACGUGGACUUCUGCAGAGAUCAGAAAAGAUGCAUGGAGACGAGGCACAAACACAACCAAACGACGACAGUCCCGCUCACAUGCCGAAGGCUUCUCCACAGGACAGAGAGGUUCGCGAGAAAAAAGGGAAAGCGCUCUUCGGCGACGGCAGCUCUGACGAGAAGGCGAGUCACGCGAAGGCCGCAGGCGGAUGCCCCACAGCAGAGGACCCCAAGGUCCGCGAGGCGUGGUUGGUCAGGGAAGAAACCAGGUUCCUUCAGAGAGGCGGAAGCGUCCGCCACCAUCUCGAGAGACGAGGAACUGAAUCGAUAACUGUGGCGAGCGGUGUUUGCAAGGAGGCAGAGAAGAAAAACGCGGAGGUCUUCGGCAGCAGCGUGCCGCGCCGCGAGCCGCACGGAGCGCUGGUGCUUCAGACGCACCCAGAGGCGGGGAAGGAGCAGUGUGCAAAACAGAGGAUGUUGACGGACCUGGAGAGGACUCUGGAGAGACGUCAGGAGAGAACGCGAAGGGGGGAUGGGGACGGAGAGGACGCCGUGUCGAGCGUUUUUUUCUCGGCGUCUAUUCUGCAGACGGAAGCUGGAUGCGCGACCGACGGCUUCCCUGUCUGCGGGCAACGGGUGUCUGUCGGGACGAUUCUGGAUGACGACGAAACUGUGUCUCUUGCGUAUCCCCGUCCGUCAGUUUCUGAGGAAGACACCCGCAAAGAAGAUGGAAUCGGGGCGAACACCAAAAGCACCGAAGGACGGCGAGAACUACUCCUGGAAGAAAAGGACCGAACACUGGGUCGGCUGCCAAGCGAUUUAAGGAGCAGCGAGACCUCCGAACUGUACCUCCACCCCGCGCAGGAGGUUCCGGGAUUGCGUGGAAGCGCAUCUCCAAGCUGGUUGGCAGGUUGGAAAGGAGGCUGCGAAGUGGAGGCCAUUCCCUCUGCAACUCAGCGAAACGGAGAAGGCGGAAACGUGGAAGAAAGCCGAUGCAUGCGUGCGACAACGGGUGGCACUGCAGAUCUUGAAACCCCACACAUUUCCGUGGUGUUUGGCGCAACAGAGGAGUGCGCAGGACGCGAAGAGGAGGCGGAGACGACGAAGCAGAGACGAACGACUGCUGGACAAGAAAACGAGGGAAUCGUGCACUGUGCUGGUGUGUCUGAGACAGAGUGUUCUUGCAGUGGCGAUGCUGGCUUGAACGCAUCGGUGCGCAGAGGAGGAAGAAAACCACCAAGUGGAAAGGCGGUUUCUCCUGUCAGCUGUUGGGAAACGGGGGACAGCUCAGCAGGACGGAUGUCUAGACACCUCGCGUUCUCCGCGGCGCUGUCACCUACUCAGGGGGCUGCUGGAAGCGUUCAGCUUGCUAGUUCUGAAGAAACUGUCGCGUGUAAAGAUUUUUCAUUAAGAGGCUGUUUUUCAUUAAAAGGGUGUGACGGACGAGAAGUCGAAGGCUACGAAGAAGGGAACUGUUCUCAUGCUGUCUGUGAUGGCAGAUGCCAAACGAGCUGCGCGGACAUCCUGAGGACAGCGGCGGCGCCUCCAGGAUCCCCACUCGGCGCCGCGCGAGAGCUCAACCCUGCUGUCGGUUCUGCUGAGAUUUGUCCUCGUUUCCUGUCUGGUGCACGGGAGUUGGGGAACACGCAAGAUGCAGGGGGAGAGACCACGCAGGGAGAGGAGAGAGAGGCAGACACAGGAGGUGAUAGAGAAACACAAGGGGGUGAAUUGAGAGAAGAAACGAGAGACAAAUGGUACACGCCGCUGACGCGUGUGAUGCCCCGCGAAGCUCUCCAGUGCAUGCAGAGAGAAGGCGAGACUGACCGGCUUCCCUCCGAUGGAAGAAAACAACACAAUCGAGCCCCGGGGGAGACACGUUCAGAAGAGACUUUGCCAGGAUCACACUCAGUCGCGCAGCAAGACAGGAUUCGUCUCCACUCUGAACGCCGUCGUCCUUUUUGCACGGAAGAACUCCCUUCCGACUCGAGGCUCGAGGGCGAGAAGAGACAGCGUCUUUCCGGUUUUGGGGUGUCAGCGACUCUCGCAGCAAAGGAGGAAACGACGAAUCAAACGACUGAGAAGCAUCAGAAGGAAGGGAAGGCGGAUAAGGAGGAGGGGCAAACAGGAAAGAACGAGCAGAGCGAGCUGGACGGUUCGAGUGCUUUUUCUCUUCUCACAGCUCGUUCUUCUUUUAAUCCAGCGCUGAGAUUCGCGGAGCUUCUGACUCCAAGCAAGAGGCAAAUCAGUGCGAGUGCCUGUCUUUUACCUGACGCAGAAAGAAAGCAUUCAAAUCCGUCAAGGUCGCCUGAAGAAGACUCGCCUCUCUUCGUCCCUGCAGUCCCUUCACCACCUCCGGCGGCCUCACCCACGCCCUGUCUCCGUCGCGCGGUGUAUGGGGAGACACUUGCGUUGCCUCCGUGUCUCCCCACCAGUGCUGCCAGAGGCAAACGCGUGCGAACUCUCUCGCCGCCCAACUGGGAACUCCCUGAGGGCCUCGUAGCUCAGAGGACAGCCUAUGCAGAAGUGGACGCGCUGACGCAGACAGCACGAGAGACAGAGACAGAGACAGAGAGUCAAAGAGAGGCAGAGAUUCAAAGGGCGACAGGGACUGAGAGCCAAUGUGAGCAAGAGACUCAGACAGAACGAGGGAUGGAGACAGAGACAGAGAUCCAAAGAGAGGCAGAGAUUGAGGCAGAGAUUGAGACAGAACGAGAGACAGAGCUGGAUGCAGAGAUGCAGGGGAGACUGGAGAGCGGGUCGCAUGCAUCGGAGGGAAUCGGUUCUGUGACGUCACUUGAAUCCUUUACUCACAUUUCUUUGUCUGUUGCUUCUACUGAGGCUUCCCCGUCAAAGUCCAAUUCUUUGUCUGGAUCGAGUGUUGCUGACUCCCCUUCUCCGUCUCUUCCUCUCCCCUCUUCGUCCUCUUCUGCUUUCGCUUCGGUCGUCUCCUCCACUUCUUGCUGGUUGUCUUCUUCUUCCUCCGAGUCAUCUUCCUUCUUUUCUUCCUCCUCUUCCUCGUCUUCCUCUCCGUCGACAGUUCCGGGCAGGAGUGUUCCUGCCGCCGCGGUUCCCUCUGCGAGUCUGGAAGCCUUUCGCGCUUCCGGUUCCUCUUCGUUCGCCACCAGAUUAGUCUCGAAGUGCGCAGCGUCUCUUGACCCUGCCUCAGGUGCCGCGGACGCUUUUCUGCCUCGUGAUCCUGCCUCUCCCCAGCCUGUACUCUCGCAGAACGACGGCGAAAGAGCUGUGAACUCCAACGAAAAGAGAGAACGAAAUACGCGAAGCGACCACAGAGCACCAUCGCACGUGACAUGUGGAGGCGACAGCUCAAAAGAAAUGUCGGAGCAAGCUGCAAAGGAGACCGCAGGAUUGAAAGAUGGGAGGAAAGGAAUCUCAGGAACGGAAGAGGGGAAGGAGGAGGGCGAUGGAGAAGUGACAGCGGUGCGAGGGGUAUGUGACGUAAAGUCGCUGGGUGCUACCUGUGCAUCUUCCUCCGAUUCUCAAGCGCCCAGAAUUCCUCCAAAUGCAUUUACAGCCGAAGAGGUGAAAGGAGCGCCACAGGCAGUAUGUGUUUCGUCUGAUUCAGGACUUCUCUUCUCUUCUUCCUCUCCUCCGACUUCUGUCUCUUCCCGUCUGUCGGUUCUGCUGAGCACGUCGUCUGGCCUCACAGGUGGACGUACACCUCGGGACGCAGACGCCGUUUCGGAGGGCGUUUCAGGCGGUUCCGCGGAAGAGCGAGACGCAGCGAGUUCACUUCCAAAACGGGUCUCUUCGUCCCCGCUUCGUCAGCGACCUUCCGCUCUUGAUGGAGGCUUGCAAACGCGAGGAAGCUCCUCUCUCUCUCCUCUCGACAUCCGCGAUUUGCACAGCGUUGAGAAGGUGGGGAACGUGAGGGUUGGCGACCGCAUCGAGGUCUGUUGGAGCAUCGCGAGUGGAGACGAGGAAGGAGGCGUCGAGCUAAUAAAGCACGAAUCGAGGAAGGGGGCGGCUGACACCGCGAGUGCAUGCAGGGGAACGCAGUGUGGAGACAACCUAUCAAGCACAACUCUGCGCGAGGCGGAUGAAGGGGAACGACGCGCUUUCUCGCUUGCUUCUGACCUGGGCCUGAGACGCACAGAACAAGCACACACACGGCAAGCGACAGCAUCUUCCCUUUCUUCAGGGGGAGGCGCGAGAGCCGGACGCGCGAGCGAAGACGAGGAAACGCGUGGUGGAGAAAAAAUCGUCUGGUGGCCAGCGAAAGUGGAGAUGCUUCCAGGACAGAGACGCGUUGGACAAGAAAGCGGCAGGCGCGUCAUGCUGUUGCGCUACAGUAGUUUCGAAAACUUUCCUGGAGAAUCUGCGCAAGUCAUUUUCAUUGGACCGAACCGUCUGCUUCACUUGGGAUCUCCUGAGGCAUCCUGUCAGGAAUCGAACGGAACGGAACGAAUCGCGGAGGAGGCUGAAUCGUAUGGACGGACGUUGGAGGCGGUAGGCGCGCCUCGGAGGCGGGAGACAGAGCAUCAAGGAAACAGGCGGGCGGCUACUUGCUCUGAAGCACGCGCCCCGGUCCUCAUUUUCAAACGACCAGGCGAAAUGCCACCGGAGGACUACGACUCAGAAAGUGACGCGUCUGUUUCGAUCGCCGAAAUUCUGCAGGAGCAGGCACACCUAGAUCAAGAGCAGGGAACAGCGGAAAUGCCGAGUGCACUGCAUGCGCUCCACGCGCAGUUCGCCUCCCUCCCGCUCCUCACGCAGAUGAAUGUAGCCGCAAGCUACCGUCAUUUCGCAGAUCAAUUUUUGACGUGGCUUGGUGAUAUUGUUCGAACGCGGGGACAGGGGUGUACCCUUUCCAAAGAAGACAUUGAGCGAUUUGCAGCGACCCUCCAGAGAGAAGAAAGAUCCUCGUGCCUGCCCUCGCCAUGGCACCGUUGAUUUUGUGCACGGACACUCUUCACUGAAAAGCCAACGGAGAGACGAGGGACUGAAGGAAAGAGAAUGUGUGCACUUAAAGAGUAUCCACCUCAAUCCAAGCUUCUGUCUAGCUGCGUGCAACCACAUGCUGGAAAUCUUCCCGAUGCUCUCUCUGGAAAGGACAAAAGCAUCGACACACUCAGCAAAGGCACCCCGCUGCCGUGAUAUCGUGUGAAGCGGUCUGCAAGUUUGCGUUUCAGUCCGUGAGUAGAUGGGGAUCACGGAAUACGACACCAUUUUUUGUCGCUGCCGUAAUCAAAGGGAGCUUGGAGUUUUGUUAGUCAGGAGCUGUUAAGUGUGUCUGAAAUCACAAGGACAGAGCGUCUGUAUCCGCGAUUGGGAAGUCUCACUGAGGAAAAAGUGAGGCGGAGAAAAUGAAAAGGCGACGCUACUUCUAUUGUGUUCGUAUAAACUGGGGCGUCAUGGGAGAGUACAGCGCAAAUGAAGGGCACACAAGAAGUGCCGAGGUCACUCGUUCCUUGUUCUGAGGACGGUAGAUUUUACUCUCACGUUCAAGCCGUGUCGCAGGUAGCGCAAAAUGCGCUGCUUCCACUUACGUUUUAGGUGACCCAUUCAGGCAAUCCACGUGACAACGCCCUUGUCGGUUGGCGAGAAACGGGUGG